AUGGCUACAGUCAUGCAACACACCGCGACAGCGAUCACCGAAGCAACGAAGCUUACAACGGUCGACUUUGCGACAGUCAAGCCAUUGCGGUCCUCGCGAGCAGCCAAUGGCAUAGAAAGAAGUUGCAUAGCACGAGAUGCCAUGAAUCUCUAUGGAUAUAUCAUGGCGGUGGGAACAUACACUCGGCCCUGGUCAUCGAGCGAGUGCAUCUCCCAUGCAACGAUCUUCAAAGCUUUGAAACACUGCAUAACACAGCAUCAUGCGCUGUGUACGAUCGUCGAGGACGCCGACACCGAAGCUCCACAGCUUCGACAGGCUUCACUGAUGGACCUGACGAAGCAUGUGGUGACUUUCGAUGCUGUCGAUGAUGAUGGACCCGAGAACACCCUUCAGUUUCUAAGGAACGCACACGAUCUGCCUCUGCAUUCUGGUCAUCCUCAGUGGCGAGUAAUUCAACUUCCCAUCCGGUCCAAAACCGAGGAUCGGAUCUUGCUUGCCUUCGUCUGCUCGCACGCCUUCAUCGAUGGUCGCUCGACAUUCAGCUUCCACCAAACAUUUCUCCAGGCGCUCCAAGACAUAGAAAACAUCGGAUUCGAUUCCACACCCGAAUUUGCGACACCGUCGAAUUACACCGUUCCGGUUGCAAUAAACGACAGCGGCAAAUUGUCCAUCUCCAAAGAGCUACUGCAAGCUGCGAAACAAGGCCCAGACACCGACACGCCCUUCUGGAAGGGCUCAAGCACACGACCCGAAUAUCCAGGCCCGAAGUUCCCUCUCUAUAAAUUGGAACUCUUCACCAUUUCGCAUGCCUUGAUUCAGAAAUCCGUUUUGGCCUGCCGACAGCAAGGCUCGAAGCUAUCUGCCCUUCUGGAUCACGUUAUCGCUCGCGCCAUCUCCAGAGCUCUUCACCGCCGAGGUCAGCAUCACACCCAAUUCGCUUGCUUCACACCCGUGGACUUGCGCAACACACUACAGUACGACUCGAACGAAUGGGGAAACAUAGUUUCAAGCAACCUUGAAGUCAUCGAAGUAGGCUCCACGACGUUGGACCGCGAGCCACUCUUGGGAAGCGAAGAUUGGGAAAAGAUCAAGAACACCACCGAUUUACUUCUACAGCGCUCAAAAACCUUUGUGGAUCAUGUCACGCAUCUGCUCAGCUAUCUGCCCUCGGUCCAGAACUGGCUACUUGGUUGCUUGAAGAUGCCUCGCAAUGAGUCCUUCACCCUAAGCAAUGUCGGAUCAUUCGACGCACCCAAAGCGACGGACCCGUCUGCCUGGUCCAUUGAUGACAUGAGAUUCUCCCAGCACAGCUAUCCCGCGGGUCCAGUAUUCCUCUUCAAUUUUGCUAGCACGAAAAAUGGACCUCUGAACUUGACGCUGACCUGGUGGCCGGGCGCGAUUGGGGUUGGUGACGAUAGCCAGGAAUUGGCGUUUGUCCGAGAAAUGUGUACGGACAUUGUUCUCUUUCUGGAAAGCGUUGCGAGGGAUUGGGACGACCUGGAGCAGUAG